AUGGAAAAUGAUUUCCAUUUGCUUCCCCGCCAGAUCUGGGCGAAUCCAACACCGACUACGACGAAGACUUAUUUACCCGGUUGUACGCCUGUUGUCUUGCCUAGUAAUGGUAUGUGGUCUCCCCCUUUCCUCGAGAUCUUGGUCGUCGGGCCGCAGGCUGCAGGCCGCCGGUCGCGGACUCGUGAAAUCGCCAUCUUCGAGCCUACCUGCACAGGCUUGCCAACUGACGAUGUUCAUAUCUCCGCUGUCCUCGAUACCCGCGAUCCAUUCUACUCCUCCAUUACCCCACAGCUAUAUGCAAUUGGCUGUGCAACUGUCGUUAGCUAUCUUCUUGUCAUCAUCCUUUUUAUCACACCGCGCACUUUUUAUGUCGGCGGCCCCGGCGGCGGCGCUAAUUUCCUCGGCCGCCAUGGGAUGAUCAGCGGCUCAUAUACCGGGAACUCGUCGGUGGUCGGAGUCGGUGGGCGACCGUGGCUACAGAAAGUGGCCGCGAUCUUGGUUGCGGUCUCGUUGACUAUCGCCACGGUCGAUUCCUUCCGAGUCGCCGAGAGGCAGUAUGACUACGGGUUCUCCGAUGCUGAGGCGCUUUCCCAGGAGGUUAUUGACGGACUGGAAAUUCGCAUCGUGCGCGUCAUAUCGAGCACAUUUCUGUGGCUUGCGCAGGUUCAGACAUUAAUUCGAUUGUUUCCGCGACAUAAGGAAAAAGUUAUGAUCAAAUGGGCUGGGUUUGCGUUGAUUGUGCUGGAUACGACUUUCAGUAUCAUGGAUAAUUUUUGGGCAAGGAGCUCUCCGACACGACCCAGGCUAUACGAGGAUGCCAUUCCUGCUUUAAGUUACUUGUUUGAGCUGUCCCUCAACCUUCUGUAUGCUGCGUGGGUGAUUUUCUACUCGAUAUCCAAGCAUCGUUAUGCGUUUUUCCACCCGAAGAUGCGGAAUAUCUGCUUAGUGGCUCUUCUCUCGCUAUGCGCCAUUCUAAUACCCGUCGUUUUCUUUGUUUUAGAUAUUGCGAAGCCAGAAAUCGCUGGCUGGGGUACCUAUAUUCGAUGGGUAGGUUCUGCCGCGGCCAGUGUGGUGGUUUGGGAGUGGGUGGAACGAAUUGAAGCGCUGGAACGAGAUGAAACCAAAGAUGGGAUUCUCGGGCGAGAGGUUUUCGACGGCGAUGAAAUGCUUGAGGUCACUCCGUCUGAAGAAGUUGACUGGCCACGUUUCUCGGGCCCAGGACACGACCAAGGUGGUGGCAGUGGCGCAUCGUCUGGAUGGGGCGGUGUCAUGGGUUUAGCCCAUCGACCUCUACGGGCCCGGGCUGUACUGCCUCGCGGUAAUCGAAACAGAAGAGCCGGAGCACCACCAUAUAACCAAGCCGCUACGUCGGCACUGCAGGGCCCAAACAAUGACCGGCCCACUCCACCCCCAGCGGCGAUCACACCGAUCAGCCGUGCCGAUACUACUAGUGCAGCAAGUACAGUAUACAAUGUCCGGUACCAUUCGGUGGCGAGUCCUACGCCUCCCGCCGCAAUGCCAAAUAUGCACGAGGAGGAGGAAUUGGAUGAAGAUAAGGAACUGGAAGGCAGGGUGACACAUGCUCCUAAUCCAAAUGGUCCUGCCCUUUCUAUUCAAAAUACCCGAGAGCAGUCACCGCAGAUUAUCCAACCCGAUCCGCGAUGGCAUGUUCUCCUGCACCCAUUCAAGAGGCGACGUGCAUCUCUGCCAAAAGAAGUGGCAUCUGCACAAGCUGGGGAAGAAUACUCAGAACAUAGACCAUCUACUGCAGCAGAAGAAGCCGAGGCAGAAAUGAAAGCUGCGCGGUCUCGAGCUGACCACUUCUUUUCUCUCCAUCGGAAACCCCGACUAGGCACGGGACCACAAAAUGCCGACGGCGCCUUACCAGUUACCGUUAUUCCAGCACGCCGCCGUGGCCAGCACACAUGGUCACCGCAAAACCGACUGCUAGAGGAUACUCGACCACCGGGAGAGAGCCGGCCAAUAGAACCCCUUCACCACGAAACGCCCUCUAGUCGUCCCAAUUUACCUGUGCGGGUGAUUCCUUCUCGACCGCAAGCGUCUGCUCCAUGGACGGAGGCAGAUGUAGAGCGAGGAGGCGGAGACUAUGUUCUACACUAUGACCCCGAGGCUGCGGCACUGAUCAAUGAGGCCAUCAGCCAUCCUGAUCGCAAUAAUCAUGUCACAGAUGACGACCAACAAAGUUGGACAGAUACGACAUACGAAGAAAGAGGUGAUAUGUCAGCGGAACCAACGGAACCAUCCCACCCUGAGCACGGGCCCAACACACAUGGCAACUCUUCUUAA